CAAUCAAACAUGAAAGAGCGUCGCCCGCGCGCAAACGGUUCCGCGGGCAGCCUGGUCACCAGUACCUGCCAGUACCGCGUUACCAUCAUCCAGAGCUGCUGCGGAAGGGCUGACCGUGAACUGAGCGCCCGAGCCGGGGGCGAGUCGAGCUGCUGGCUGGCGGCGAGCUGAAAUGCUAUUGCGCGCUCCUCGUUCUCUGGGUCGCCCGGCCAGUAGUGGUGCACACGGGUGCACACGUUCUUGCAGGACGUUUCUGCCAAAUGGUAAAGGAGCCGUAAGGUGGCUCGCGUGCCCGCUAUGUCCAAGUGUGCCAACACUGCGGGACUGUGUGGGUAAGCCUGGCCCAGGAUCAGUCCGGUUCGGGGGGCCGAGUCAGGUAUCAGACAGGCUCAGGUGCCAUCCAGUUGAACGUUGCACCGCAGCCCGCACGGCCGCGACGCCAACUCUGCGACAAACAUGCGGCACGCGCUGAUGGAGAUGCUGCUUGGUAGCGCGCGGCCUGCGGCCCUGCGCCGCGGUGGCGGCGGCGGCGGCGGUGGAGGUGGUGGUGGUGGUGGGGCUGGCCCCGCCAGCAGCAGGCGCAGCUGCAGCGGCGCAGGGCCCGGCGGCGACACAGGGCCUGGGCCCAGCAGUUGCGGCGUGCAUGUGCGUGGCGGAGGGGGCGAGCAAGGCCACAGCGCGGCGCGUCGCCCAAGAAGCGGCGCCGGCGCGCAGGUUGGGGCCCGCGAAAAGCGUCUGGUUAGCGGUCUUUGCUGGCGAGCAUAGCACAGCACAGUAUGUGGUAGGCCGCAGCAGUGAGGAGUGUUGUGGCUAGAGCGGAUUUCCUGCUGUUUGGUUGAUUGCUGGCUGUGCUUGUGCUUGACAGCGGGACGUGGCUGGACGCAUGGCGGGCCAUGCCUGUACGAACCGACUUCAACUCUGUCCGGGAGAUGAGGUAGACGCUUGCGGCCUCAGACUAGAGAUGUGGCGUGGGCGCAUCCCCCUUUUCCCUUGCGAGAGGAACCACACAUCUUGUCAACACGGUACAUGUGACACGUGGCAAUAGCUGGCGUGCUACUCAAAAUACAUAUUGCAGGUAGUAUUCGGUGGUAGGCUACGCGCCAUUGCUGGCACCUGACUUUCGUGGGCAACCGGUUGUGGGGCGCAAGUAGUGCCGUGCGUGCAGGUUGCGAUGAAGCUGCGGUUAGGCGAUUGGGCUCCUGCCGUACCCGUGUGCAUGGGGGCCCAGAUUCCGAGAGGUGGCCUUAAGUGCGGGUGACGCCAGAGGUGUCAGCCCGCGGAUCGUU